AUGGCUUCUUCUGCCGACAGGCCACCCUACGCGCCUUCGACAACACCCGCGACAUCAUCUACCGAUCUCCCCAUCAUGACUCAGGAUCAAAACACCCAGGAGAAGAAGGGUCGCAUGAUGGUUCCCUCGGCCAUUCAGGGUUCAUUUAUCCCAUUGUCGCCAAAGAAACGCCGGUCACCGUCGCCUCUGAGACCCUACGGUCAUAAGUCAAACAAAUCCGUCCAGAUCAAUCUCAACUUGACGGAGAACCAAGUCGAUAGACUGACAGACGUCUUUGCCGGCAACAGUGAGUCGCCCUCUCGUCGUGGUCGCACUGGGACAUCUACAGCCACAUCACCCGUUCGAGGCCAUCACCUCGUCGGCGCGCAGGUUGCGUCUAGAACUCGCCCAGCUACCGACCACGAGGCGCCUCAUGCAUAUGCUGCAGACGGUCGGUUCAAUCAGACAGCACAGAAAGGUCAUGAAAGCGAUUCGACGACUUUCUCGGAAUUGAUGCCCCGAUCGCCCCACAAGACUCACAAGGCGAAGGGCUCUAUGUCGUCCAACAUUGCAGAACGUCGCAAACAGAAUACGCCGACACCAAUCAACGUUGAGGAUCGAAGACAAUACGGGACUCUCGUUGAGAAGGCUGCGGUGAAGUCCGCUGCUGCACCUCCCAAGACCCCUGAUAAUCCUGGUCUGGCGAGCCCCGACGACGCAGACUCCUCCUCCAUCUACUCUCAGAAUGAGGACCAGCCCAGCCCUCUACGCAUCCAGAAGGCAGACAUGUCGCGACACAUUGAAAAUGUUUUGCAGUCAUACAAUGGAUGGAAGGAUUCGAACGCUCCGACCCUCGCUCCGACCCUCGCUCCCGACAUGAUCAGCCAUGGGGAGAGCAUCCAGCGGCAUGGUCAGACCAAGGGUCCUAAGGGCAGACUUGAGGCCCUUAGACAGCCAGUCAUGGAUGCUAGUCAGUUGUAUUCCCCCCUGAGACCCUACUUUGCCUACAAAGACCUGCCCAUUCAGAAAAUUGCUGGUAAGACCCUCAUUGGAGAGCAAGGAUGGCUUGAGAGACCGAUCAAAACCACCGAACAUAAAAGUCCGGACCGCAAACACAAGGAAUCGUCGCCUAAGAAACCUGGUCUACUUGACAGCCUCAAGAAGAUGGCCAAGGAGAUGACUGAAAGCAAGCCAAACCGCAAAAUGCGAGAUGUUGUGAGAGAAGGACGCGUACAGCGAAUCACUAUCUCUUUAGAUCCUCGCGAGCAAAGUCUGCUUUACUGUGAGCUGGAGUUUCAUAUCAGCAAUGCCCUACACACCUACAUCACAAACGAGCUCAACCACGGCCGCCUGAACCCUGACAAGCUCAAGAAGAUCGCCGACGGAUGGAAUCAGAAGGGCCGUCCCAGAGUUGUCGGCUUCCGCUACGAUCUGGAGACGCAGCUCGAUCUUGUUCACUUGCACAUUGAUGAGUUCCGCUUUUUUGGUCGCCGUCAAGGCAAUCCCUUAGAGAUUGCAGGUCUGCUUCACGCGAUGAAGGUCAACGCCCGAGCCUUGCGUAUCCGUACUUUUUGUCAGCCAGACUCCGUCAUUGCCAAGCAGCUCGUCGAUUCUCAGUCUCUCUGCAACACCAUCGGAUGCUCUGAGGCUCAACAAAUCGCUAUUGCUGAGAUAGCACAGUUCUUCAAGGUCAUUGUGGAACGAGAGCAAGCGUACCGAGAAAAGCUGGCCCGCGACAACGUUCCCAAGACAUUAAUCCACGGCCAGGGAGACAGACGAUGGGAACCCUCGAAGGAUCUGGCUGAGGGAACGGAACCCUACGGAGGACUUCAUCUCAGACCCGAUGGCUAUGAUGUUGACGCUGGGACGCUGCGAUACGAUGACUAA